CUUUAAAAAUAAAUAAAUAAAUAAAUAAAUAAAUAAACCACAACAUUUUCUUAAUAGAACUCAAUGUUUAUUUCACUGAUAAAACUACUAAGGGUCAGAAAAUAAAAGUGCGCGCAAAUUCUAUAUUCGUUUCACAACUGAAAACGGAUCCGUUGUAGCAUGUUUUUGCUGAAAAUCCUACUGAUUCACACCACUCUUUAAUGCACACAUCACUCUUUAAUAACCUACAGUGUGUGUACUACGGAGAGUACUAUAAUAGGGUUCUUCUGUUUAAAGACAGGUGCUCAUUGGCCGAAGGAAGUGAUUGCACAAAAGUACUUGAACGCAGGCCAAAAGGUGCUCCACACAAUGGCUCCUAUCUGUGCUCCUGCAGUAUCUGAAAAAGGUACACUAGAGUAUAUCCACAUUUCCAGCUGAAACGUACAUAUUAAAGGUACAAAAAAUGUUGUACCUUCUGAGCAACAAAGAAAGUUACAGUUAAGUACGUUCUAAGAGUGUUGGUGGCACUCAGAAGAAUGUUAUUUGUGGACACGGUGACGUGGAGUACCCUGCCCACCUUUGCCGGAUUUUACAGACUGAAUGUUGCUUCAUGGCAGCCCAUGUGCUUGUGAGUUGGAGUGAUCCUUACCUUUUUCAUUAGAAACAGCAAACACUAUAAAAUUACUUUCCUUACCCCAUCACCCCCAAGAACUGUGCAAGCUACCCGCUGUGCCACCGUGCUACCCGAUAGACUUCAUAACAAACCUAGCGACACGUAGCAUAACUUGGAAAACAUAAACACUUUAUGUUGUUGUAGUUGACUUGGCUGUGAGAAGCUAUACAAACAAACUACAUAUUAUUCAACUCCGAAUGCCGUAAUUGCCAUGACACAAAAAGUUCAUGCUCUCCUCCCAUGACUGAUCCUCUGAUUUCCUACUGGCACUCCCCAGUAACAAACUCCACCUCACAUCAGAGCUUGCUUGUAUUCCUGUGUGGUUCUCUCCUCCGUAGCUUGGACACAGGUCUAAAAAUGUCUUGGAUGCGCCCUGACUUGCUCACCUGUCUGGCUCUGCUGUUCGUCCUCACCUUGUUUUACGAGGUUGACACUGCAAUCGUGCCCGAUGGCAAAGAGAGUAAGGAAGCAGCGAGUCUACAAGGUGGGCUAAGAAGGAUUUUCAUGGAAGAAAGUGAUGCCACCAACUUUUUCAAGCGCCGUGGCAGAAGGGCAGUGAAAUCACAAGAUGAACUCAACGUUGAGCAGCAACAGAGGCUGGCAGCUGAUGAGAGGAAGAGAGAAUAUCACGAGGAGCAGAGGAAUGAGUUUGAAAAUUAUGCAGAGGAGGAGCAUGAUGAGCAGGACGAGAGAACCCAGGAGAGUACAGAGCAGUGGAGAGAGUUCCACCAUGAUGGCCUUGACCCUUCUUAUGAGUACAACCGCCACACAGUUUAAAGAUGUCCAAAAGACUUUUAAUCUUUUAUCAGCGACACAAAAAUUAUUCUUACUGCCAAAUGUGUAAAAACAUCCUGACUAGCAUGGGACUCGUAUACAGUAGGUUCCGGUCCACUUCAGCAAGGCUUCUGCGAAAACCCAAGGUGUGAGGUUCACCUCCGUUUGUUGGACAAAAACUCGGUGGUUCCGUUUAAAGCAGCCGUUCCAUAUGGCGUGGACGCAAGUAGAAGAAAAGUAGAAGAACGGUUAUAGUAUCACCCAACUUAUAAAAAAAGGGCUGAUUUAGUAUUUAAGCUGUGCUUAAACCAGAUGUGUGAAUGGACAUUAUUCCAGAUGUCAUCACAUGCAUAGAUAAAAGUACUACAUACAGUACAUUGCCUUAUUUUCUGAUAUAUUAGAAAUAUUUUUGCAAUGAACGGGGUUAUGCAUGCGGUGUGAUCAACUAGCACGUUACAUAUAUCAUUAGAUCAUCGAUCUCUUAUUAAUCUCUUAUUAAACAUGUGACAUUCCACAACUAUAAUAUUCAGCGUUAACCAUUUUAGUAGCAGCUGUUUUCAGCUGCAAUCCGCAUUCCACGUCGAAACGUGUUUAUGCGUAUAAUCUGUACUUGUACAUGGGAUCAUAUCUGAUAAGAUACGGUACGAAUGUGACAUUAAGGUGAAGUUAUCUUUACUCUUUCAGAUGUGAUGAGCGACAUCAGUUAAAUAAAAAGCGAUAUCAAAUUCCAAGGCCUGAUUUCUGUCGUGAAAAUAUUGACCUUGCGGGGGAAGAAAAACAA